AUGUCCAAAGGCAGGCUACAAGCUUUGGCUGAGCUGAAGCGACUCAAAGAGUCUGGUAAGAAGCGGAGUUACGAAGUCGAAGAUGAUGACGAUAUUUAUGACCUCGUAGACAAUGCUGAAUAUCAACAGCACCAGAUGGAACGUCUUCAACAAGAUGAAUUCGUGGUAGAUGACAAAGGUGAGGGUUAUGCUGAAGAUGGUGCUUACGAAUGGGAAAACCACGAAUAUGCCAAUGAUUCUGAUGAUGAAGGAGAUAAAACACAACGAGUCUCAAAGAAGGUUAAAGUGGACAAGACGGCUAAGCCCAAGAACAACAGAGACGUCAAUGAUUUAUUCAAGAGAGCUGCUGCUGUUUCUAAACCAGCACCUAGGGUGAGUACUACUUAUUGCUCAAUUUCAAAGUACGCGAUUUAG